CGUAGCAUUUCGCAAAAGGAGAAGAUCGCAGAGUAACGAUGGCUACCUACAGCCUGGCGAACGAGCGACUACGCGCCCUGGAAGACAUCGAACGGGAAAUUGGAGCCAUUCUUCAGAAUGCAGGUACCGUGAUCUUGGAACUGUCCAAGGAAAAGACCAAUGAGCGGCUCCUAGACCGACAGGCAGCGGCCUUCACCGCGUCGGUGCAGCACGUGGAGGCGGAGCUGUCGGCCCAGAUCCGUUAUCUCACUCAGGUGGCCACAGGGCAGCCCCAUGAGGGCUCCAGCUACUCUUCGAGGAAGGACUGUCAGAUGGCCCUGAAGCGAGUGGACUAUGCUCGUCUCAAGCUCAGUGAGGUGGCCCGAACCUGUGAGCAGAUGCUGGAAAACUAGGUCAAGCAGCAGGGUGCUCCUGCCAUGCACUUCGCCAAGUGCCGACAAGCUCAGACAGGAGACGGAGACUCAGACACCCAACCCACUUCCUCAGGUCCCUGCCCGCAGGCUUCCCGCAGACUUGGAGCAAUGAAGACACAUUUUUGUUCACUGGAAAAGACAAAAUGAGAACUAAGGGUUUUGAUAAUAAAAACAAUAACAC